AUGAAGCCACCAUCUUCAAAAGAAUGUUGGCUAGAAAUUGCUGAAAAUUAUUAUAGAAGAACCAAUUUCCCUAAUUGCGUAGGUUCAGUGGAUGGGAAACAUAUUCGUUUGAUUUCUCCUCUGCAUAGUGGAUCUGCCUUUUAUAACUAUAAACAUUUCUACUCUGUUGUACUAUUGGCAGUAGUUGAUUCUGACUACCGUUUUAUAGCUGUAGAUGUUGGUGCUUAUGGCAGAGACAGCGAUAUUAAUAUAUUCAACAACUGGAAUUUUGGAAAAAAGAUAACUCAGAAUCGCCUUAAUAUGCCAGAAGCAAAACCUCUGCCGAAUACCAAUGACACAUACCGACCUUUUGUGUUUCUUGGCGAUGCAGAUGCAGCAUUUCCACUCAAUAACAAUUUUAUGAAACCAUAUCCGAGAAGUAAUCUCAAUACCCAAAGCAGAAUCUUCAACUACCGCCUCAGCAGAUCACGACGUGUAGUGGAAUGUGCCUUCGGCAUUCUCUCGAAUAAAUUGAGAAUUUUUCACACUAGCAUGACGAUUCCACCAGACUUUGCAGUAUUAGUAAAAAAGGCAGUGUGUGUGUUACAUAAUUGUGUACGCAGAAGAGACGGCUAUCGAUUUGAAGAUACUCUGACACAUUACUUCGAAGAUAUACCUUUCCGUAGUCCACAACACAGAUCCACAAACCGAGGUCGAAACAUAAGAGACAAUUUUGCUGAGUACUUUAUGACACCGGCAGGGGAAAUAUCGUACCAAUAUAACGAGACCUUACCUUACCUUUGUUUUCUUUGUCCACUUUAG